CAGCGGCAUUGAGGGGCUGUGCCAGAGGUUUGUCGUGUGAGUCGGUGUUUGUUUGUGGAUAGUACUGAGCGCCCUUUGGACAACCUUGUAGGAAGACGGUACGAAGAUUACGGACGAUUAUAGUAACCAGAUAAACCGUCUUGUCCAAAGAGACCAGUUCUAUAUUUCGAGGGCAUCUUCACCAUCCCACAUGAAUUACGAAAAUCCUCCUCCUUAUACUGGACCAGGACCAACUGCACCUGGAUAUGCACCUUACCCACAGCAACCGAAUGUUCCUUAUCCUGGACCGAAUCCUGCCUACCCCAAUUACCCUGUAGGUACUGCUGGGCCCUACCCGCCUCCAGGGCAGCCUCCUUACCAAGGAUACCCACAGUAUGGUUGGCCGAAUGCUCCUCCUCCUGGCCCAGCAUAUGUAGAAGCACCUAAAAACACGGUUUAUGUAGUGGAAGAAAGAAGACGAGAUGACUCUGGAGAGACUGCCUGCCUGACUGCUUGUUGGACGGCCCUGUGCUGCUGCUGCCUCUGGGACAUGCUCACCUAGGGGCCAACUUCUUGCUCAAGCAACUAACCUUACACUGCAGGGCCUUUUUAAUCUGAGGUGCUGAACCUCCACCACCAUAGCCUCACUUGUUGCUUUUUUUUUUCCUUUUUAAGAACAUUUAAAUGACAGAAUUAUGUAUGGUGAAUGUACCCUAUGGUUCCCGCUGUGCCAUUUUUCAGAGUUCUACUUUCAUUUGAUUGAUGUUCGUCACGAGAAAACUUU